UCCCAACUUCCUGAUAUAAAACAGGUGAUAUCCGCAGUCAAGACGACUUCCUACCGACAAGACAAGAAAAAUCAGUAGUGAUGAUUCUUGAAGCAUAUCCCCUCAUCAAAAGUGCCUGGAUCUCAAGAGGGUGGCCCGCUGGCAAAUGCUUGGCAGCUGCACGCCCCCUACCCCGCAUGAUCUGCACCAGCAUCUUCGGCGCAUUAUUAGCACUCGUAAGUUGUAACGCUGCUGCGCACGACCUGCCCUGCCUUAUCGGUGCUAACGGUCGGAAUGCCGUCGGCGUGCUUAUUAUGCGGACAACACGGCGAGAUUAUAUGAAUUGCCAUUAAUGACAUAAGUUCAAUAGCUUGUUUAUAGAAGCCAGCACUGUGUCCCCUAGCAGACUAUAAAUGCAAAGAAGGAUGCUUCCCUCUACACUCUGGUAAUCGAGAUCGAUUAUGGACGGGCCCAAGAUGUCCCUU